GCGGCGGCGUGUCCUGCCAGGAGGGAGGCUAUCUGAGACCCUGGGCUCCAUGGCUUGGCGGAGCUUCUGCCGGCUGGGGUCCCCGCUGCGGGGCGGCCCCGGGUGGAGGCGGGCGUGGGGCCGGCGGAGCGUCGCCUCCUGCAUAGACCCCUCUGUGGGACUGACAGAAGAGCAGAAGGAGUUCCAAAAAGUGGCCUUUGACUUUGCUGCCAAAGAGAUGGCCCCACACAUGGCAGAGUGGGAUGAAAAGGAGAUCUUCCCGGUGGAUACUAUGCGGAAAGCAGCUCAGCUGGGAUUUGGUGGGAUCUACGUGAGACCAGAGGUGGGAGGCUCUGGCUUGUCCCGGCUCGACACUUCCAUCAUCUUUGAGGCCUUGUCCACAGGAUGCGUCAGUACGACAGCUUACAUCAGCAUCCACAACAUGUGUGCCUGGAUGAUCGACACCUUUGGGACGGAAGAGCUGAGGCGCCGGUUUUGCCCGCCGCUUUGCAGCAUGGAGAAGUUAGCCUCGUACUGCCUGACUGAGCCAGGCAGCGGUAGCGAUGCUGCUUCCUUGCUGACUUCAGCCAAGAGGAAGGGUGAUGCUUACAUCCUUAAUGGUUCCAAGGCCUUCAUCAGCGGCGGUGGCGAUGCUGACGUCUACGUCGCGAUGGUUCGCACCGGAGGGCCGGGCCCGAAAGGAAUUUCCUGCUUGGUGCUGGAGAAAGGGACUCCCGGAUUGAGUUUUGGCAAAAAGGAGAAGAAGGUGGGUUGGAACUCCCAGCCGACCCGGGCCGUGAUCUUUGAGGACUGUGCCGUUCCGGUGGCCAACCGGCUGGGAGAAGAAGGCCAAGGAUUCAACAUUGCCAUGAAGGGCUUGAAUGGAGGGAGAAUUAAUAUUGCUUCCUGCUCUCUGGGGGCUGCCCACGCCUCGGUCCUUCUGGCACGGGAUCACCUUAACGUCCGCAAACAGUUUGGGGAGCUCUUGGCCAACAACCAGUACCUCCAGUUCCGUCUGGCGGAGAUGGCAACAAGCCUGGUGGCGGCGCGGCUCAUGGUGCGGAAUGCGGCGCGGGCGCUGCAGGAGGGGCGCGAAGAUGCUGUGGCGCUCUGCUCCAUGGCUAAGCUCUUUGCCACAGAUGAGUGUUUCACGAUCUGCAACCAGGCUCUGCAAAUGCAUGGGGGCUACGGCUACUUGAAGGAUUAUGCCGUGCAACAGUUUGUACGGGACAUCAGAGUGCACCAGAUUCUGGAAGGUACCAACGAAGUGAUGAGGAUGAUCGUGGCCAGAAAUCUGUUAGAGGCAUAAUGUCAGGAGCUCAGCUUUAGACUAGAGAUGGGGACAAAUUAAAAAAAAAAUGGUGAUCCAUUUUGAUUCAUGAUCCGUCAAGGUUAACGGAUCAAGGGAUACAAAUAUACGAAGAUUCUUCAACGAAUCGAUCCGUCUUUGCUUUAAACGGCUAUAAAACUGGACCCCAACAACCUAGAGACACUGAAUUUGCAGGCAAGCUUCCACAAGACACUUUUCUACAACUCCUGAAAGUU